UCUCACGGAGUCUCGGCGGCGGUGCCCACUCGCGCGCUCCGCGUGGGUCGCUUCGCUCUAGUCAGACGCCAGGGUCGGCCAUGAACCCGUGCGCUGACGCGCGGGCCGUGGCGGCCACUGUGCCGGGAGCUGGCGUCGGGAACGCGGGGCUGCGGCCGCCCAUGGUGCCCCGUCAGGCGUCCUUCUUCCCGCCACCUGUGCCCAAUCCCUUCGUGCAGCAGACGCAGCUGGGCGUGGCGAGGCGCAUCCAGAUUUUCUUCCUUGGAAUUAUCCUGCUUCCAAUUCGUGCCCUAUUGGUUGCAUUAAUUUUAUUACUGGCGUGGCCACUGGCUGCAAUUUCAACAGCAUGCUAUCCUGAAAAGCUGACCCACCCAAUAACUGGUUGGAAGAGGAAAAUUACUCUGCCAGUCUUGAAGUUUCUAGGCCAUGUCAUGUUCUUCUCAAUGGGGUUUGUAGUUACUGUGAAAGGAAAGAUUGCAACUCCGUUGGAAGCACCAAUUUUUAUCGUUGCCCCUCACUCAACAUUCUUUGAUGGAAUUGCGUGUGUUGCAGCUGGAUUACCUUCUAUAGUAUCUCGAAAUGAGAAUGUGCAGGCACCUCUGAUUGGCAGAAUAUUGCGGGCCUUGCAGCCAGUGUUGGUAUCCCGUGUAGAUCCAGAUUCUCGAAAAAACACAAUAAAUGAAAUAAUAAGGCGGGCUACAUCAGGAGGGGAAUGGCCCCAGAUAUUAGUUUUCCCAGAAGGUACUUGUACUAAUCGGUCCUGUUUGAUUACUUUUAAACCAGGAGCCUUCAUUCCAGGAGUUCCAGUGCAGCCAAUUCUCCUCAGGUACCCAAACAAGCUGGAUACUGUGACUUGGACGUGGCAAGGAUAUACAUUCAUUCAACUUUGUGUGCUUACUUGGUGCCAGCCCUUCACAAGGGUGGAAGUUGAGUUUAUGCCUGUUCAAGUACCAAGUGAUGAAGAAAGAAGUGAUCCUGUCCUUUUUGCCAGUAGAAUCCGGAGUUUAAUGGCAGAAGCUCUGAAAAUUCCAGUAACAGAUCACACCUACGAAGACUGCAGAUUGAUGAUUUCAGCAGGCCAGUUGACACUGCCUAUGGAAGCUGGGUUGGUGGAAUUUACCAAAAUCAGCCGGAAAUUGAAAUUGGAUUGGGACGGGAUUCGAAAGCAUUUGGAUGAGUAUGCCGCUAUUGCAAGUUCCUCAAAAGGAGGAAGAAUUGGAAUUGAAGAAUUUGCAGAGUAUUUGAAGUUGCCUGUUUCAGAUGUCUUGAGACAACUUUUUGCACUCUUUGACAGGAACCACGAUGGCAGUAUUGACUUCCGAGAGUAUGUAAUUGGCCUGGCUGUCUUGUGCAACCCCGCCAACACAGAGGAGAUCAUCCAGGUGGCAUUUAAGCUCUUUGAUGUUGAUGAGGAUGGCUUCAUAACAGAGGAAGAGUUCUCCACCAUCCUGCAGGCUUCCCUUGGAGUGCCUGACCUUGAUGUUUCUGGUCUCUUCAAGGAAAUAGCCCAGGGGGAUUCUGUUUCCUAUGAGGAAUUUAAAAGUUUUGCCCUAAAGCAUCCAGAAUAUGCUAAGAUAUUUACAACGUACUUAGAUCUCCAGACGUGCCAUGUGUUUUCAUUACCAGAAGAAAUCCAAGCAACUCCCUCAGUUGCAAGUAAUAAAGUCAGCCCUGAAAGUCAUGAAGAAAGUACCUCAGAUAAAAAGGAAGACUGAAAACAAAUAUUCCUCAUAAGGAAACUGUGAUGGCUUUUAUUUGAAAUUUCAAAGUCAUGUAUUGAUAGUAUUUUACUUGUGAUUGAGUAAGGAUGAUGUUUAAAAUAGAUAGCUUUUUUAUAAAAAUGAUAGAUUUU